CCAUGCUAGAGACUGAACACGUGUUUUUGUGAAACAUUCGUUUCCGGUGCAGUAUUGUUCGCCCGGAACUAAAAUUUCAUCAGUGUUGGAGGCUGAAAAAGUUUCAGCACGUUGCAGAAUGAAUGAAUGAAACCUUUUUGGAUGCUGUUUUGUUAUGAUCUUAGAUUUCACUAGCAACUUGUGUGUACUGAAAAAACAAAACGAAAUAAAACAAGCUUUAGCUAAGCCAAGACCGACCUGGAAAACUAGAUUGCGGAGAAAGGUAUCUUUCUAAUUUAGCUAGUACUUGCUUCUCAAUUGAGGAUAGAAGAGCAACACCUAUACCGCAGUCUUGUGGAGUUGUGUGGCCUUGAAUCCGAGAAGACAUGGCAGGAAUCCUGUUUGAGGACAUCUUUGACGUGAAAGAUAUCGAUCCUGAUGGGAAGAAGUUUGACAGAGUGUCACGUCUACAUUGUGAGAGUGAAUCUUUCAAGAUGGACCUCAUUCUUGAUGUGAACAUUCAGAUCUAUCCUGUGGACCUGGGGGACAAGUUUAGACUGGUGAUAGCGAGCACCUUGUAUGAAGACGGCACACCGGAUGAUGGAGAGUACAAUCCUCAGGAUGACCGGCCAUCCAGAGCGGACCAGUUUGAUUAUGUGAUGUACGGCAAGGUGUACAAGAUCGAAGGAGAUGAGACUUCAACAGAGGCUGCCACACGUCUUUCUGCCUAUGUGUCCUAUGGGGGAUUGCUAAUGCGACUGCAGGGGGAUGCCAACAACCUGCACGGGUUUGAAGUGGACUCUCGGGUCUACCUUCUCAUGAAGAAGCUGGCAUUCUGAACCCUGUCCUCUGGACAGCGUCUUCCUUUCAGUCUGCCCGACGCUUCUCGCCUUCAGAAUGACAAGUGGAACGUUUUUCAGCUGCAGUGGACAUCAAAAGAAGCAGAAGUGUAUAGCUGGGUAGCAGGGAGAUGUUGAAUGUGCCAGACAUGUAAAUAAAGAUUUCCAUUUUU